CUGUCACGUUGGUACAACCGGCAGACGACAAUCAGAGGAUUUUUGAGGAUUUGAGAAGUGGAGCAGCUCGAGCGAGUAAAAAUAGCCUGCCUCACAUGGCGGUGCUAGGGGCGCAGUUGGUGAUCACGAUGGCCGUGGCCUCGGUUCUGCAGAAACUGGGGCCUCACUACUCCCUGGGCCGGUGGCUUCUCUGCAACACUGGUCUCGUCCGCUUCCUGUACCCCACCGACCAGGAGCUGCGUGGGCUGGCUGGGGUGCCCAAGAAGAAGAAGGGCGACGCCGACACCUUCCACGUGCCCCGCAACCUCGACCUGCAGCUGGAGAAGGCGCCCGUCUCGUCUCUGGACGUGGUGCACCUGCGCUUCUACACCGAGUACCAGUGGCUCUUUGACUUUGCCGUCCACGCUGGUUUUGUGGUCAUCCUGUCCGAGAUCUGUCAGUUGAUCACAGGACCGCAGGACGAGGCCCGUCUAUCAGUUCUCUGGUGCCUCCUGGUCGUCGGAUUCGCAUUUAAGAUUCUGGCCCAGCUUGCUCUGCAGUACUUCAAGGGCGAGGAGAGCCUUGGAGAAAGGUCGAUCUGCAUAGUGGCCGCCUCGGCCUAUCUCCUGAUCGCUAUGGUCGUGCUCAUCAUGGAUGAGAAGAGGAUCGAAUUGGGUCUGGAGCAGGCGUACGCCUCCUUUCAAAGUGGUGCUUCUCAGUGGCUCAGCUACCAGGGCGUUGAUUCACAGGGACCUGCCUCGAAACUAAUUCUGAAGCUCUGUUUAGCAGUUUGGUGCUCAGUGAUUGGUGCUUUGUACAUUUUCCCAGGGCUGCGAAUGGCCAAGAUGCACAAAGACUCGCUCAAGUACUGUGAGGACAGACCUUUGUUGCGUGCCUUAAUGAACCUGAGUUUUGUUUCGCCUUUCCUUCUGGUGAUCCUGUGGAUCCGUCCCCUGUGCCGAGACGUUCUGGUGCCCAAACAUUUCACAGAGGCCGGAUUCGAGUCGCUCCGCCUGUGGUUCAUCCUCGUCUCGAUCUUCGUUCGCAUUGCCCUGAUGCCCGUGUACCUGCAGGCCUACCUCAACAUGGCGCACCUGCGGCUGGAGGAGCAGAAAAAGGAGGCGGGCAGGAUCACCAACAAGGAGCUGCAGCAGAAGGUGGCCGCCGUCUUCUACUACCUGUGUGUGGUGGCCCUGCAGUACCUGGCGCCUCUGCUCCUCGUCCUCUACACAAGCCUAGUCUUCAAAACUUUGGGUGGUCUUUCGUGGACUGGAGUUGACCCGGAGUGUCCCAUAUCAGGAGGAGGGAGCGAGGGGUUGAGCAUGAUUUUCACCACUGACGUCUUCAAGGGUCUUUUUGGAUUUGCCACUUGGUGGUGCACCUUCACCUGGUUCUCGUCAACGUGCUUAGGUGUUGCUUACCAGUCCUACUUUGGACGGACAUAGACUGACUCGUAUCUCAAUUUUAGUCACGUUGUGUUUUAAUAAAUAACUGAAAACAAGUAA